CGCAAAUUUGCACAAACGCACAUCGCUCCGCUAGCCGCGUUCAGGGUUGUCACUUCUAACGCUAAUAACCUUCAUCGUUCUGUUAUACCGUCAUGAACCCUGAAUACGACUACUUAUUCAAGUUGCUGUUGAUCGGCGAUUCAGGUGUAGGAAAGUCGUGCUUGCUGCUAAGGUUUGCUGACGACACUUACACCGAAUCUUACAUCUCAACCAUCGGGGUUGACUUCAAGAUUCGUACCAUUGAGCUGGAUGGGAAGACUGUGAAAUUGCAGAUUUGGGAUACGGCUGGCCAGGAGCGAUUCAGGACAAUCACUUCAAGCUACUAUAGAGGCGCUCACGGCAUCAUCAUUGUGUAUGAUGUUACAGAUCGUGAAAGCUUCAAUAAUGUUAAACAUUGGGUGCAAGAGAUUGACAAGUACGCGACGGAGAACGUCAGCAAGCUGCUGGUCGGGAACAAGACUGAUCUCACAUCGAAGAAGGUCGUUACUUACGACGAGGGUAAGGAGUUAGCAGACCAGCUUGGAGUUCCAUUCCUGGAGACAUCUGCGAAGAACUCGCACAACGUGGAGCAGGCCUUCAUCGAAAUGUCCAGCGAGAUCAAGUCGCGUGUUAAGACUGCGCCUCAGCCCAAUCGAUCGGGAGCUGGUGCGGCACGUCUCAGGCCUGGUCAGCCCGCCCAUGGCAACCAGUCUGGAUGCUGCAGUGGCUAAUUAGGAACAGCAGUUCAGCACCGCUUCCCGUAUUAUCAUCUAAAUCCAUCCAAGCAUAUUUUCCCCUGUAGUGGAUUUCAUCGGCGUUAAUUGGAGAUGUCGAAUUUUGUGGUGAUGACAAGGACGCUCGUGCUGAUCUGUACUUGCUUUUGAAGAUAUCAAAAUUGCGGCUGCUGUUGUGGAAGGCUGAGAAAGGGAUUGAUAGUCUUCGUCGUAGGUAGUUUUAUUAUCCCAUAAUACACUGGGGCGCACACACCUCAACA